AUGAUUGUGUUAAAUAAACUAAGUGCAUCGUAUUUUAUUUUAAUUUUCAUAUGGUUUUGUGAUAAUUUCCGUUCGUGUUUGAGCGAAAAUAUAUUUUCAACGCCAAUUGAUGCAAUCGAUUAUCAUGCUAAAAAAGGAUUUUUUGAUCAAGCAGCUGGGACUGAGCCCAAACAAUAUUACAUAAAAUCACAAGAUCAGGAUAAUGCUGAGUUCGUACAAUCAUCCGAUGGGCAUAAAAAGGAAAGUAAUUACAAACACAAGAAUAAAUAUGAUAAGUUAAAGAAGAAAUCACAUGAAAAAAAUAAAGAUACCAAACAUUAUAAUACAGAUGGUGGGAAAAAAGAAGGAGAAUUUGAUGAACUGGUACAUUACGGAAAACAUCAUAAAAAAGAGAAAGGACGUAAAAGUGCAAAGUUUGCUGAAAAAGAGGGUCAUAAAAAAGGCCAUAAAACCAAAGGAUAUCAUAAUAAAUUCUUUAAGGAUGAAUAUGGAACUAUUCAUAAGAUUUAUGCUGAUGAUCAUAGUGCUGGUGAUCAUAAUAAAGUUGAACAGUAUCAAGGUGCACAUUCAAAUCAAAAAGGUGGUUACAACGAUGGCAGGCAGCAUUCAUCAGGCUAUCAGAAUAAUGCUCAUAGCAUAAAUGGUCAACGAUUAAGUAAUUUACAAAGUAAACUUCAUUCGGGAAUACGGGGUGCAAAUGGCAAUCAAAAUUAUUUUAAUCAACAACAGCGUAAUAAUUACCAGUUAAAUCCCAACGGAUAUAUUGGACGAAAACCAGAGCCUAUUGCCUAUAUUGUCUUUUAAAAUAUUUAAACACAAAUUUACCAAUACUUUAAAACUAGUCAAAAAUCAUAAACACGCAAUCUUUAGUUAAGGUUUGUUGAGCAAAAUUGAUAGAAGAUUGAAGCUUUUAAUAGUGAGAAAACACAAAUUAUUUUGGC